AUGCCUCCGCGGCUUUCCUUGAGGUCGCUGACCUCAGCCUUUACCUUGACAAACCGUUCUGUACCGACGUUUCUCGUUCCCUUCGUGAGCCAGACACGUUCCGCAUCUAUCCUUUCCGACUUGCGUGACAUCCCUGCGUCUUACAACAAAAAGAUUCGCCGCGGUCGGGGUCCCUCCAGUAACAAAGGCCAGAAAUCUGGACGUGGUCAUAAAGGUCAGAAACAGAAAGGCAAAGCCCCUGCGGACUUCGCAGGUGGCCAGACCCCAGAUCAUAUCGUCCAUGGUCACUUCGGCUUCAAGAAUACGGUCCACGGCACCGAAAUGUCCGGCAUCAACCUCGACACAAUCCAAGAAUGGAUCAAUCAAGGCCGCCUAAACCCCGAGCAACCUAUCACGCUCCGCGAGCUCUGCGCUAGCCGAGCUUUACACGGUAUCAAGGACGGCGUGAAACUGCUCGGCCGUGGCCGCGAGGCCUUGACAACGCCCAUCCAUCUCGUGGUCAGCAGGGCAAGCAAAAGCGCCAUUGCAGCCGUCGAGGCUUUGGGAGGCACUGUCACUACCCGUUUCUACACACCGUUGUCAAUUCGGAGGAUAAAACAACAGUUAAUGCACCCCUAUGUGUCCCUCAAAUGGGACCAAGAUGCCAUUGGCAACGCAAAAUUGAUGGUCGAGGGUGCGAGCACAGAAGAGGGACGAGUCAAGACUUUGGGCUUCCAGUAUCGGCUCCCUGAUCCGACCGGUCGAAAAGAGCUCGAGUAUUACCGGGACAAGGAGAACAGGGGCUAUUUGGCUCACCUGGUCAAGGAAGGCCAUAGCCCAAGCUUGUUUUACAAGAGCCCCCUGCAGAUCGAGGAGGCGAGGAAUGCGAAGGCCGAGCUCGAGAAAGAGGCUGCUGAGGGUGGGACUAGAAAGUUGAGCACGCAGCAAAACCGAAUUUGGUAG